AUGGAGGAAAAAGCUUCCUGUGAUAAGUCGAGAGUGCCUCGGCAUCCAGGUGGCGGGCAGUACUCGACAAUCGUCACAAUGACCGAGUUGCCGUUGCAGGGGUGGGGCUCGCCCAGGUUGGUCCCACUAAGGCAAGUGACACUAUACCUUGUUCCACAUGCACCACCAUUGUCCCAGAUUGCAUCACUUGCAGCCGCAAUCAUCACACCAUCAUCAUUAUAUCCAUUACAAGCAGAAGUUGCGUCACCAAAAGAAGAAAUAAACAGAAAUGUUGCACUCCCUUCAUCUGCAAAGGCUGCUAGUGGAAAGGGGAGGAAGACUAAAGCGAUGGCCCGAAAGGAAAAAUGGGGUUGUGUGGCCAUGGCCAUCAGGUCAUUAUUGCAAUCUAGCCCUGCAGUGAGGAACAAAGUUAGCACCAGGAAUAGAUUGCAAUCAUUUAACCCACAACAGCAGCUGGAGUGUAUACUCUAUAGAUGGGUUCAGAGUCUCAUAGUCACUUAUUAUUUGAUUGUCAAUAAUCUCACAGUAUAA